AUGUCACUCUUUCCUGUCCAGCCACCCACCUUUUUGGCCCUGUCCAACCCGGCGAUGGAAGGCCGGAUUCGCGACCAUGCCAACCGCUCGCUAUCCAGCCUGUCGCUGCCUCGGCCCGGAGGACUCCACGGCACGGCUAAACGCAGGCUAUUACUCAUUUACAUCCAUGGUUUCAUGGGAUCGGAAGCCAGCUUUCAUGACCUUCCAGCCCACAUUCACGAUUUAGUGACAGGGUUACUGAGCGAGUCGCAUGUGGUCUUCACUCGUAUCUAUCCUCGCUACAAGUCUCAUGGCGAAUUACAAACGGCAGUGAAUCAAUUCAGCGCCUGGCUGUCACCUCAUGAAGCCGAUGAUCUGGAUGUUAUCCUGCUCGGACAUAGUCUGGGCGGGAUCCUUGCUGCGGACGUUGCACUUCUGCAACACCAAGGGCGACCGAAGCACCACAUCUUGGGGCUUGUGAAUUUUGAUGUCCCCUUUCUGGGGCUGCACCCUCGCGUCAUUCCUACCGGAAUCAUGGGCUCAGUUCCGAAGAAAGACAUAGCCGUGGAAGACCAACUAGCGGGUGAACAGGAAUCUCUCGGACUAGAACCCGCCUACAAACCCGUCACAACAAAUCCCAACUUUGACCCUCCCUUUAUGAACGAUGUGCGCCUGAUCCAACGAGGAUUUGUCAAGGGUGUGAUGCAUUUUGUCAAUAAGAACGCAGACAACCUCUCACGGUCCAUUUUCGACCGACUUGUAUCGCCGGUUAAAUUUGCAGGCUGUGUCAAUAAUUACUCUGAGCUUCGUCAGCGACAUCAACGCCUGAUGGAGUUGGAAGCAGCUGAAUAUAGCCCCGCAAGAGUACGGUUUGUCAACUACUACACCACUAGCACUGGUCGAAUACCGCGAAAAGCCAAAGAGGAGUCCACACAAGACAUCGCCGAUGAACCCGCGGGGGCCUCUAUAGUCGAGUCUUCUUCCGAGAAGCCGCCAGAGAGGCCGGCAGAAAACGACAUCAAUAAUCGCAAUCAAACCGAGCCGCCAUUCUCGCGGGAAUCUUCAGCGGGACAGAAUGCCUCGAAAGGAUCAGAGACAGCGCCAUCUUCAACAAGCACAUUAGCACUCGACGAACUGAGUCUGAACUCCGUAUCAUCCGACUACACUCUGGCAGCACAGGAAACUAGUUCUCAGAAGGAUUAUCCAUCGCCCAAAACCCCAAGCAUCACAUCUUCCGCGAAGCUCGACUCAAAAAGCGAAACCUUGUCAGAGAGCGUUUCCCUCUCGACGUCACAGUCCGAUCUCAGUUCAGAGACCUCAAAACGGAAACUCCGCAAGUUCAUCCUCUUGCCCUCUCAUCACUGGAAACAUAACGACAAUUCUCACUGGACCCCUGUUUUAAUGGAGGAUAUGAAUGAAGUGACAGCGCAUCAGUCCAUGUUCGUACCACAGGGUGCAAACUACGACUACCUCGUUGGAGAUACUGUGGCGCUGAUCGAGCAAUGGGUUCAGUCUGAUCUGAGCCGACGGUUGCUCCAAGAGAGUCUCGAUUAG